GUAUUGAGACGUGCUGACCGAUAGAGGGCGCGCAGGAUGCGCAGUGUGCGGCUGCGUUAUACGUUAGCUCAUCACAUGACUGUCAGGAGGAAAAAUAGAGCAGGAAGAGAGUUUUCUUUCUCUUUGUUGUUGUAAACAUUUAGUUUUCACAAUAAUACGGAAGAGCAGCUUUGUGCUCUGAAGAUUCAUGGAUCUAAAAAAGUGCAAUUCUGUUUCUGGGUGGUGACGGUUCACUUUCAUGGUGCUGAAACCAAAGAAAAGACCAAGCCAAACUUCGCCUUAAAUUUGCUUCAUUUAAAAUAAUCUGGAUUCUCCUCCGAGGGUCAGAGGUCACCAUGGGCUCUGCAGUGGAAAGGACAGAUGAGCAUGUGAGGGAGUAUCUGAUCUACCGUGGCUUCACCAACACUCUGAAACAUCUGGACUACGACAUAAAAGCUGACAAGGAGAAAGGCUUCAGGGUGGAUAAAAUCAUCGAUCAGCUGCAGCAGUUUGUCCAGAGCUUUGACCUGGCUGGUCUGAAGGAAUAUUGGGUCUACCUGGAUAAACGUCUGUUCAGCAGACUCGAGGAUGUUUACAGAUCCACCGUCAACAAGCUGAGGAUCAGCCUGUACAGAUACUACAUCAUCAACACCGUGCAGAAAGGAAACCUGGAGAAGACUCAGGAGUUUUUCCAGAAGCAGGCGUCAGAGCUGCAGGGUCAGGCUGAGUGGCGUGAUUGGUUCAUCCUGCCAUUUAUCUCCUCCCCUGAGCAGAACUCCGCCUUCUGUCAGUACUUCUCCCGCCAGUGGUCUGACACCUUCCUGGUUUCACUGCAUAACUUCCUGUCGGUGCUCUUCCAGUGUAUGCCUCAGCCUGUCCUCCUCAGCUUCGAUGCUGAAGUCCAGAAGAUGACCUGCCUGAUGGAGGAGAACGAACAGCUCCGUCAGCUGCUGUUCGCCCUGCAGACGGAGAGCCGGGAUCAGAGGGAUAGAGAUGAGAUGAUCCACCACAAGCUGCCGACAUACGUCCAGAACAUGGACCGACUGGGAGACACUGAGCUGGACUUAGUGACGAGCCAGCGAGCUGUCAGCACUGCCACCACCCCUACCAGAAACUUCUUCUCAACAUUCCUACCACAAGGCAGACGAGCCCCAGGGAAACCAAUGCAAGCCAUCUCUGGGUCCUCACCAAGCCAGGCAGCAAUGGGCAGGAAGGACCCACUGAGUAAUCAGCCUGUGAAAUCUAAAGAAGCAGGCCAAGUUAAGGAGGUGAAGCCAGCAUCUACCCAGUCAUCAACCAGUGAACCAGUGAGCUCCCAGUCCCAGCUGUCUACAAACCAGUCAGGGAACCAGAAUUCGAGACACAAAAGAAUCCAAGAUCAUGAGAAGGAGAGAAAGGAGCUUUUCUCCAAACCACCACCACAGGCACCAGAGAAGAAAGGGGAGCUGGGGGAGGUCGAGCCUCCCAUUGAGUCCUCAAGUGAACCUACCGAUUCCUCAAACAGCAGAAGCUGCGGUGCAAGCCAAGAGGAACCUCCCUUCAUUAAACUCAGCCAGGAGGAGUACGGAGAACACCACUCAUCCAUCAUGCACUGCAGGGUUGACUGUUCUGGUCGCCGUGUCGCUAGCUUGGAUGUUGACGGAGUCAUCAAGGUGUGGUCGUUCAACCCCAUCAUGCAGACCAAAGCCACCAUCAUGUCCAAAUCUCCUCUAAUGUCUCUGGAGUGGGCCACCAAACCAGACCGACUGUUGUUAUUAGGCAGCGGCGUUGGCACAGUACGGUUGUACGAUACGGAAGCCAAGAAGAAUCUCUAUGAGAUGAACAUCGACGAGGCUCAUCCACGUAUCUUGUCUUUAGCCUGCAGCCCCAGCGGUUCAUCAUUCGUCUGUUCAGCUGCAGCUCACAGUCGAUCUGGAAGUGGCGAGUCUGCUCCUCGACUUCCCAUAACGGUGUCUGGUCAGCUGCUGCUAUGGGACACCAAGACUGUCAAACAGCAGCUCCAGUUCUCUUUGGAGCCAGAACCAGUAGCCAUAAACUGCACAGCCUUCAAUCACAAUGGAAACCUGCUGGUGACUGGAGCCGCUGACGGAGUCAUCAGACUGUUUGAUAUGCAGCGGUAUGAGAGCGCGAUGAGCUGGAGAGCUCAUGAUGGGGAAGUUUACAGUGUGGAGUUCAGCUAUGAUGAAAAUACCGUCUUCAGCAUCGGAGAAGAUGGCAAGUUUAUCCAGUGGAACAUCCAUCGCUGUGGGGUUAAGCAGUCGGAGCAGAUUUUACCUCAGGACGCCACCGGGCCCUUCGUCCUGUCGGGGUACAGCGGCUACAAACAAGUUCAAGUCCCUCGAGGUCGACUCUUCACGUUUGACUCUGAAGGUCAACACGUCCUGACCUGUUCUAGCUCCGGUGGACUCAUAUACAGACUGGCCAGUGGGGAGUCAGCUCUGGAGAGGGUGCUGUCACUGGGGGGGCAUAAAGCACCAGUGGUGACCGUCGACUGGUGCUCAGCAGUGGACUGCGGCACCUGCCUGACAGCCUCCAUGGACGGGAAAAUCAAACUGAGCACGCUUCUAGCACAGAAGUCCUGACUGGGGACCUAACGGAGGCCCUCUGUUCUUGUGUGUCUGUGCAGUUUCAGAGAUGAAAGGAAGACUCGAGGAAUGUUUCAUGAUACAAAAAAACCUGUUUUUAAAUCAAAUUAGGAUUAAAAUCUCACUGAAGGUUCCACCGUA